UUAGGGAAAUGGCGUAAAUAUUAGAAAAUUGCUGUGAAUUACUUUGCUUUUUCCAUCUCAAUACUCACAAUCAAGUAAAGACACAGGUACCAUGCUCCUGUUAGGACUGCAAAAUGCCGCUUCCAAAAUAAAGAAUGCUGCAUCAUUGGCCGUUGUCAGAAAUCUCUUCAGCAAAACUGGAAUAUGGCCUGAGUAUUCCAUUGAAUCCACAAGAAAGGAUGUUGAGAAGUUCUGGAAGAAGAAGAUACAGUCACAUCAUACUGAACAAUCAAAGAAGCUAACUGGUAAAAAAUACUAUGUAUUGUCCAUGUUUCCAUAUCCGAGUGGCAAACUUCACAUGGGGCAUGUCCGUGUCUAUACAAUCAGUGACAUGAUGGCCAGAUAUCAGAGGUUACUUGGGAAACAGGUAAUCCACCCGAUGGGUUGGGAUGCAUUUGGUCUCCCUGCUGAAAAUGCUGCCAUUGAGAAAGGAGAGCUUCCUCACAGGUGGACCGAGAGUAACAUUGAAAACAUGAGAAAGCAGCUUGAUGACCUAUGUUGUAGCUUCGACUGGGACAGGGAAAUUGCCACAUGUGACCCUGACUACUACCAAUGGACACAACAUAUCUUCUUGAAGAUGUUUGAAGCUGGGCUAGUCUACCAGAAACAGGCCACAGUAAACUGGGAUCCCGUGGACCAGACUGUACUAGCAGAUGAGCAGAUUGAUGAAGAAGGGAAGUCGUGGAGGUCGGGGGCUAAGGUUGAGAAGAAGUACCUACUGCAGUGGUAUAUUAAGGCAACAGCUUAUUCUAAAUCCUUGGCUGAUGGCUUGGAUGAAGUGGAUCCGUCACUCUGGCAGGACAUCAUCAAGUUACAAAAACACUGGAUAGGAGACUGCGUCGGCACGAAACUAGAUUUCAAAAUGGAGGUGGACGGUGUCCUGCUAGCUGAGCCCAUCAAUGUCUACUUGGCUGAACCUGAGCUUAUCUGUGGGGUGUCCCAUAUAGCACUACAUCAUGAACAUCCACUGAACAAAAAAGACUAUUACAAAACGGUCAUCGGAACUGGAGAAGAAGAAGAGAUCCUGCUGACAGUCUGUGCCAUCAACCCUAUCAACAAUACAAAGAUCCCCCUCAUUGUAUCCAAAAGAACUGAAUUCAGUGAAUAUACAGACAAUAAAAUAGGUAUACCGUGCUCUGACCCUGAAGAUCUGUCCCUGGCUGAAAGAUUCUCACUUCAAUUUGAAAAUGUACUUGAAGCGGGACCAGAUGGGAGUCAAGUUCUUUCUAACUCAAACCAGUUUUCUGGAAUGCCAAUGUCUGAGGCUUUUCGUGCAGUAAUGGAUUAUGCAAAGAAAAAUGCUUUUGGUGGUCAUUUGACAAGUGAGAGACUAAAGGAUUGGUUGAUCUCGAGACAGAGAUACUGGGGGACCCCAAUACCGAUUAUACACUGUCCCAAUUGUAAGGCUGUUCCGGUGCCAUUUGAAGACCUUCCUGUUAAGCUACCCAUGAUUGAACAGUUCAGUGGAAAAGGUGCAUCGCCACUUGCCCAAAAUAAAGAUUGGCAUGAAGUAAAGUGCCCAAAGUGUGGUACAGAUGCCCUGCGAGAAACUGACACCAUGGACACGUUUGUCGACUCCUCGUGGUACUUCCUGCGUUACCUUGACCCUGAUAAUCAAGUUGAACUAUGCAGUAAAGAGAAGGCACGGUCUCUGAUGCCCGUUGAUCUGUAUAUCGGAGGAAAAGAACAUGCAACCCUUCAUUUGUAUUUUGCCCGCUUCUUCAACCACUUCCUCUACGACCAGGGCAUCGUCAAUCACAAAGAGCCGUUCGUGAACCUGCUGACUCAAGGCAUGGUCAUGGGAGAGUCGUAUCGGAGCAAAGAUGGCCGAUACCUCAGGAAGGAGGAAGUCGAUUUCUCAGGUGAUAAACCUGUUGUUCUCGACACCGGUGAUCCUGUGAUCGUUGACUGGGAGAAAAUGAGCAAGUCUAAAUACAAUGGUGUUGACCCACAGGAGGUGCUAGAGAGGUAUGGAAUAGAUUCAACCAGGCUGUGCAUCCUUGCUGGUGUCGCCCCAAAGUCGAACAGGAAGUUUUCCUCUGAUAUCGAGACUUUCUCUGGUGUGCUAAACUGGCAACGCAAGAUCUGGGCCAUGGUCACAAAGUUCAUCAAUCUGCGUAAGGGUUCUGAGGAGAUUUUGGAAGGUGAACUCAGUGAACAGGAUGAACAGAUAUAUAAAAGUCGAAACUUUCAUUUGAUAGAGGUGAAUGGCCAUUUUAGCAAGACAUUUCUAAUAAAUGCUGGUAUUUCAAGGUUACAGUCAUAUUCAAAUUACUUGAUGAAACUCCCUGACUAUGUGGUUCAAAGAAGUGCCUUAUUUGAACAAGCUCUGUGUGAUCUCGUCAUCAUGUUAUCACCAAUGGUGCCUAUGUUUGCCUCGGAGCUGUGGGCAGGUCUUUCAAGUAUUCAGAGUAAAUCAGGAGACUAUAAUUGGGAUGUGUGUCUUCUUGAUCAAGCGUGGCCAAAAGUUGAUGCUGGUUAUCAUAUCAAUAUGAUGGUUACGGUGAACAGGAAAGACUUCACUCAAGUCUUGGUGCCGUUUUACGAUCUUGAUAAGCUCACUCCAGAAAUGGCUUUACACUUUUGUGAAAGUGAUGAAAAGUAUCGGACAAAAUGUGCCGGAAAAGUGAAAAACAUUAAAUUAUAUGUUAAACCUGGUUGGAAGGCCAAUAUAAACCUCUCCGUGCCAGAACUUGUAGAAAAGAGGGCAAAGAAAACGAAGAAAGUAGAGGAGGAAAAAAUAGCUGCCAGUUGAUAGUGGGUAAACUGAAUGAAGAGGACUCUUGGUGCUUCACUCAAUACAUGUUGUGCUGUUCAGAUUUGCCAUGUAGGCCUGACUGGUCUGGCAUCUCCCUCGCAGUCCGUUGGAUUGUGGUUUCAGACUUGAUCUGAUGUUUGUUGCCCCAGGUCAGGGGGCAAGUAAUGUGCUGCCUGUCUUGCGUGCUGGCUCUAGAAAUAUUUUGAGGGCCAGGAGGGACCGUGAUGUCAUAACUCUCAGUUGUAGGACAUACAUGUACUUGCCAAGGGACUGGAUUGUGAUUAUCCAUUCCUGUCGGUAUUUUUACUUGAUUGUAA